UCUCCAAGAAAACAUUGAAUCUUCUGCUUCUUCGAAAUUUCUAAGUAAAGUUUAAUACUUUAUCUCAAAAGACAUGAUUUUUUCCGUUGCAACAAGCUCUGUUUUGUACCCAAAGCUCCAUCAUCACCAUCUUAGUGACUUCAACAGAAACAGAGCAUCAACAUCUGUCAAGAUGAUAAACUCAGAGAAUCACAAAAACCCAAGAAAGUGCGAGUGUUUUGAUCUCUAUGAUCAAUUGGUUCCAUACAAGAAAGCUUGGUCAUGGCAAAAAAGCAUUGUAAAUGAGAAAAAAGCUCUGAUUGAUAGAAACCAAGACUGCCCAGAUACAGUGAUUUUAUUACAACAUCCUCCUGUUUACACAAUGGGAACUGGAAGUUCAGAGGAUUAUCUCAAUUUUGAUGUAAAGGAUGCUCCUUUUGAUGUAUAUCGAACUGAACGUGGCGGUGAAGUCACUUACCAUGGACCUGGUCAGCUAGUUAUGUAUCCUAUAAUCAAUCUCCGGAAUCACAAGAUGGAUCUUCAUUGGUACCUUAGGAAGCUUGAGGAAGUAGUCAUUCGUGUUCUUUACUCGGCUUUCUCUAUCAAAGCUUCUCGUCUUGACGGUUUAACUGGAGUUUGGGUUGGCAACCAAAAAGUGGCGGCGAUAGGUAUCCGUGUGUCGAAAUGGAUGACAUAUCAUGGUCUAGCUCUUAAUGUCACAACAGAUUUAACACCCUUUGACUCAAUAGUUCCAUGUGGGAUAAGAAACCGCGGUGUUGGAAGUGUAAAGGGUUUGAUUAAGGAUGGAGAAGACGUAAAUAGGGACAUGUCUUAUACUAAGCUCGACGAUUUGAAGUUGUUAGAUGUAGCUCAUGAGUCGUUACUAAAGGAAUUCUCUGAAGUUUUCCAGCUUCAAAUUGAAAAGCAAACAGUAUUCAAACUGGAAAGCUAAAGGAUUUGUGUCAAUGGAAAUUUUGUGGACCUAGACAGAGGUUAUUAUUGGCUGUUUGUGAAGUUGUCUGUUUCUUGUAGAGAUUGGUCUCUCUAUGUCUCUCUCCAC